UCUAGAUCUCGUCAAGAUCUCGUCUUUCUCAAUUCACUGUGCCACACACUGAUGUAUAGACGGCCAAGAACACGGUUUCCUGCCACCCUCCCUUUUGACCAACCACCAGCGCGCGUGGACCAGGACGAUCCCCGUGGUGUGACUCCCUUAUAUAUCCUUGCGUGGAGGGUUCCCCCUCGCGACUUGGGCUUGUAUCCUCGACAAUUUUCCACCGUCAACCCAUACUACACUAAGAUGUGGUGCGAGGCGCGGGAGAAAGAGGACAUGAAACAGCACAUAUCGCGGCCUUUGGUCUUCAACUGCAUUCGUGACGAUGAAGACAGCGAUGUCAUGUACUUUGUCGUCGACUCGAAUAACAAGAGGCGCAGAAUCGCACUGGACUCGCUCGACAUGCGUCUUGCCAAGGAGACGCUUGAGGAGUUCUAUGACCCAAGAGAUGAGCCAGAUGCAAAACUUGGCAAUCCACUGUGGUACCGUGUUGGAUCGUUUGACGAUCACGUGCCCGCGACGACUUGA